AUGGGCUGCGGACCUUCCCAGGCCGCUGCAGGACAGAGACGUGUGCCCGCGCCUCAGAAGGGCUGGGAAAAGGGAUUCGAGGCUGAUGUCGGUGUGGCUCAUUGCGGGGAGAAUUUCAGACCCCAGAUUGAAGCUACGCUGCCCAAGGAUAAUGUGGGCAGCCCUGGAAGCCUGGACAAGCAGGCCCAGUUGGGAAGCUUACCUGGAACCAUUCCAGAAAGUUCCCCAUUUCCUAGUGAAAGAAAAGGAAGAAUAAAUUCAGACCUAGUGAUCAGUGGAUUAAUCCAUAAACCCCAACUCUUAGAGAAUCGAGAACAACAAAAGUCAUCAGACAUCCUAGAGGAGUUAAUUGUUCAAGGAAUAAUACAAAGCCACAGCAAAGUAUUUAGAAAUGGAGAAUCAUGUGAUGUCACGGUAAGCACGACUGAGAAGCUGCUGAGAAAGCCACCAGCCAGGCUGAAAAAACUUAAAAUCAAAAAGGAAGUAAAAGAUUUCAUGAUGAAGGACAUAGAAGAAAAGAUGCAGGCAGUGGAGGAGCAAAGGAAGACUAAAGAAGAAGAAAUAAGAAAAAGGCUGCGGAGUGACCGACUUCUGCCCCCAGCCCGUCAUUCAGAUUCAGCUGAAGCGGGUGGGAAGGAGCCGUUUGCCAAAGGACUGAAAACUGUAAGUUGUGCCCCGUUUGAACCCCCUGACCUGCCGGAAGGAAAGCUGUUGAAAAGGAAGAAGAGUAAAAGUGAUACAACCUCAAAUGAUAGAAACCACAGGUACGAAGGUAUCGGGGUCGUGGAGUCAGACAUGCCUUAUAACUAAGCAGAUGACGUAUUCUAA